GGGAUGGGGAAAGCCAUGGGCUCCUUUUGCUAGGUGUCCAUGGGGCAGGCCCAGCAGCCCAUGUGCUCUCCCUCCCUGGAGGUUUCUCAGCCCAGUUCCCCUUGGCAAUGCUGGCCUCCCUGCUGCCCAGGCAUGUGCCUUUGCCCCAACCUUGCCCCUCGCACUGUGUUCCCUGCUGGCACCGCCACCCUGCUGCCCGCCUCUAAGGCUCCUGUUGCCAGCUUUGGCAGGAGCUGAGCUUGGGCAGCCAAAGCAAACACAGCCCAGGCCAGCGUGGGGGAACUUCCGCAGGGCCUGGAGCAGGGCUAGCACCCUGCCCUGGCUGCAAGGAGGAGGCAGCUGCUGUCUGGCAGGGCCAGACUUCCACUGGCUUCUCCAGUGCCUGCACCGGAGGGCCUUUACAAGUCCCCAGUUUUGGCUGUGACGGGAGCCUGUGCUGGCCUUAGGUGGGGGGGCCCUUGCCCUACAACGCAUGGGGUGAGGGAUUAAAGCCGGAGAGGGGCACAAGCACCUUGGCACAUACCCGGAGUGGGUGCAGCAUAGAUGGGAGCAGGGCAAGCACCACAUAUCCUGCCCUGGAGGGCCCAUAGGGGCCGUUUCAAUGACCCACCCAGUCUGUGGCCGCCCAGCUGAGGUGACCAAUGAGGUGGUUUGUGUGAUGUGGAGACAGUGCCUGCUAUGGGCAGCCGGAGCCCCCUCCCCACUCAUCACACAAUGGGUACUGCCAGCUGGAGCCUCCGAGCAGCCUCUUCGCUAGCCACCCCAGGGAAAUCAGAUCCACUGGUUGCAGUCAAGCAGAGAUGCAUCUGCUCCCCAAAACUACUGUGUGCAACAAUUUCGCUGUCUGUUCAGAACAUGCCUGUGGCUGGGAUACACAGGGCACUGUGAGGUCAGGCUGAGGGGCACCAGCAGAGCUGUGGGGUGCGGGGAGCCCUGGUUGGGCUAGUGGGGGGCUGUGGGACAGGACUUCAGUGCAUUGGCAGAGCUGCAUGGGGAAAACCUACAGGGGGCUGUAUGGGGAAACUCUUGCCAGGUGCCUGCCACCUUUGUCUCUUAUUCUAGCCGGCCCCAUCUGUCCCCUUUGACCAGCUGUAAAACCCCAUUCAUUUGCAAUGGCCUGUAGAAUGCAGGCUCUGGUGGAGAUGCUGGGUUAUGAACUGCUCUGGGAGGCUUCACAGCUCGCUAGUGCUUUUCUUGGCCCUGAAUUUGCUCUCCUGGGUGAGGGGCAAUGCAGGGGUUAGACCUAAGCCUUUGCUUUCGACUUCCCCCUGUGAGCCAAGAGUCUGAAUCACUCUCCUCCUCUCCCCCUCACCACCCGACUCUGAUCCGGGCUCAUGGGGGCGUGUUUUCUCCUCACCUACCCGCCCCCAUGCAGUCUGGCCCAGAUCACUUCAAGCCCUUUGUCCUAUGACAGUGAGAGGUGUGUGGGUGGAGGAGUCCUGUCAUUUCCAUGUUUCAGAGGUGCUUUAACUCUUUGUGGCUUUCCAGAAACCUGCUGAAAUCUCAGUUCCUCUGCCCUGGCAGGAGAAAUGGCACCCAGAAGGGUGAUUAGCACGGCCUACCUUUUUGUCAGUAUGGUGGGAGCAGCGUGGCAUUCCCCAGGCAUAGGGGCAUCUCCUCUCCCCACUGCAAAAGUGGGUAUGGUGCUGUGCCCAGGCCAAGCUGAUAUUCCUGGGCCGUGACAGCCACAGACAGCCCCAGAAAUCAGCCACAGCACAGGCAGUACUGUCGCUGGCCUCUCCCUCUGUGCUGUAACCAGAGAGGGGCAUUUGGUCUCCACUGACCCAGUCUGUCCUUGGCCCCCCUCUGCCAAUGUGCCAAGUAGGGGGCCAGUUAGCGGAGAUUACGACUCCGAUUACAGGGCUGCCAUCAGACAGGACCAAGUUCCCGCCUGGGGCUGCAUUCAAAUCAGCACACCUUGCUCCCCACCCCAAGGUGUCCUCCUCUGCCUCAGCAAUCCUGGCACUGCGAAGGCUCCGGUGUCACCGUCUCUUCCCAGAAUGGACAAAGCAGUGGCUAGUGAGUGCAGUGCACAGUUGGGGGCACUCAGGGGCAGGAUGGGGAAGGGGAGGUGCAGCCCCCCCCCAAUUGCUCCAACCAACAUUACCCCCUCCUCCUCAGCCCGUCCAAAAUAGGUGACUCUGUUUUAUUUGGGGCGUUUGCUUGGCUAAAGGCUGCAGCCAGCCAGUUUACUCCAGCCACGACCGCGCCUGCACUGCAACGGGGCAGCCUCCCCUGGCGUAGUUCGGGCGCAACCCAGGGCGCCCUGGGCAGGGCCUGAAACGCCCGCUGCCCAGCGAAGAGUUAAUAGCCUGAGCUGCACGAGUCAAGGCCCCGGGUCUCCAGAAGCUGAAGGCUGGAUUAUUUCCUUUCCCAGUCUCCCUGGCGGCUCCCCCACCGCAGUGUAAUAGGAACCAGACUCGAGGGGGGCUGAGCUCUGCCUCUGCCCCAUUCCCCUCCUCCUCCUCCCCAUGGCUGGCUGCUUUAAUGAGAAGUGUGUGCGUGCGUGUGCUGCCACCUGCUGAUCGAUGCCUGGAACUGCGCCCCUAAUCACAACAGGGGAUUGGACUACAGCUCCCCCACCUCCCAGCACUGCACCGUUAUCACACACCGCCCCCUGCAGGGCACCCCGCAGCACUGCACCGUUAUCGCACAUUCUUCUAGGCUGGCUGGGCCUAUUCAGAGGCGAUGGGGCUCAGCAGACUUGUGACCCAGUCAGCUCACCUCCCUAGGUGGGGUGAAUGCUGACAGUCAUGUGACUGGUGAAUCAUGUCACCCCAUUGGGCUAGAGAAGGUAGAGGCCUGGAGAAGGCUACUGAGGGCUCUGGCAGGGUAUCAUGAUGUGCCAGGGGAGCAGGGACUCCAGGCAAGAAGGCCUGGGGGUGGCUGCUGAGGAAGGAGCAGGGGCCAGCACAAAGGAGCUGGGGGGGAGGGAGGGAUGGAGAGGAGCCUGGGAAGGGAGAAAAGCUGAGCCCCAGGGCAGGCAGAUAGAGGCGUGUCUGGGCUAGUGUAGACCAACCAGACUCUUAGACAGGCCCAGUGUGAAAACUGUGUUUGGUUUUGGCCUCGUAUACCCGGGAUGGGGUGGAUCUUUUGUUAGGGACUUAGGCAGAGGGUCAAGUCACUGCAACAGCCAAACUAGUCUGUGAAAUUAAUGAGGAGCCCUGAAGGGAGGGAAACUGAGGCAUGGAUGUUGCAGGACCACCCCAUGCCACAAGAGGAUACUCUGGAGGCCAGGGCUGGAGCCCCCAACGCUGCCCCCAUUACAAACACUGAGGCAGCCUAAGGGGCUGGUCCGGUCCUGAGUUUUGGUUUGGCCGUUUAUAGAAAUCAGGACCUGCUUUGGAUCCGGAUCCUGGUUUGGAUCAGAGCUCUGGUUUCGGGGUUGGCUAGCGCCAGGGCUGUGCGGGAUGUGGACCAUCUGGCUUGCACAUGUGCACCUCCCCCAUCCUGUUCGACGGACCACCUGGAAAUGUUCCAGAGUAGACCCCAGCCCCCAAGACACCGGCUGUGGUUACUGGGGUGGAAACAGCCCCUCCCCCAUUAUGCCACCCCUUAAGGCUUUCAUAGUCUGGAAAGCUUCACUCAUCCCUUUAAUCCCUGGUUGGAAGGGUCUGCUCCAUCCCACUCCCCCAGCCUGCCGUUGGCUGGGGAAGGAGGCAAACUGGGAGGAAGGAUUCCAGAGCUGGUGGGAGAUUGGAGCUUUCUUAUAGCAAAUUAAGCUCCUGGCUCAGAGGGAGGCAUUGUUCUAGCUGAGCUUCAUCCAUCCCCUCCUCUCCAGCCCCACCAAUCCCAGGGUGUAGGGUCUGGCAGUGGGCUUCAUCUGGGUCCUGUUGAACUGGGUCCACAGGCAGAGCAGGGCUGUGAUCAGAGGUCCUUCAGGGAGUGGGCCCAGCCCUGGGCCUGGUGUUUUACCCUGGCUGCCCCCUUUUAAAAUGCUCUCCCUCCCGGGGGCGGCCCGAUGCCAGGGCCAUAUUUCUGGCUUCCCAAAUCUGCUGCUUCAGAAGCCCUGGGCGGCAGGAUGGCUUCACGGUAGUGAGCUGUGACACCCUCGGCCCAGCUGGGGCAUUACAGGUGAAGUCUCAGCACCACGUGGCUAUGCAGAGCAUGGGGAUGCAAGGAUUCCUUGGGGAUGGAGCUGAACCACCCCAGGACUGCAUUUCCCAUGAGCCUCUCUGCCCUUGGCCCCUGCUUAUCCCCGUUCCCCCACAUCAGUUUGCAUCCCGACACCAGCCCAGAGAUUUAUAGACAGGUCUCCACUUUCUUCAGCUUCCCCACUGAUGCUGCAGGCCUAGCUUCUAGCGGGGCAGGAAGGAAAGGGGCCCGCCCCAUAUGGGCUGGGAGGACUGACUCCUGUGGCCUGAGAAGUAGCCUGGCUAAUUUUGGCUGGCUCCACUGGAUCCUGGCAAGGCUAGUCAGCGUGGGCCACUGCUUCUGCUACUGAGCACAGCCACAAGCAUAUGGGCAUGAUCCACAUCCAACCCCAGGAUAUGAUUUGCCUUCCCAGCCCAUGCUAGCUAGCCCCCAGGGCUGCAAGCUUCCUCGGAGCAGUACCCUACCCAUGCCAGCUGGCCCCCAGUGCUGUGAGCUUCCUCAGAGCAGUGCCCUAUCCACGCCAGCUGGCUCCCAGUGCUAUGAGCUUCCUCAGAGCAGUGCCCUGCUCAUGCCAGCUGGCCCCAGCGCUGCCAGCUUCCUCAGAGCAGUGCCCUGCCCAUGCCAGCUAAUCCCCAGUGCUGUGCACUUCCUUGGAGCAGUGCCCUGCCCAUGCCAGCUAAUCCCUAGCACUGAGAUCUUCCUUGGAGCUGUGGCUUUGUUGCCAUGGCUUGGAUUCUGGCCUUGCAGUUUAGCACUGCAGCUCUAACCCAUGUUCCGCUGACCCCACGCUAUCUCUUUGACCCGUUCUCCCUGCUCCUUCUUUCCCCCCACAGGUAAAUCUUUAACCGGGGCACAGAGCAGCUAACCCAGGGCUCUUCCACCCCAUCUGCAAACACUGCUUCCCCUUUGGAGCAGCGGCCCUGGAUCAUGGCCCAGCAGUCCCUUCACAUGGGGAAAACACACCCCACCCCCUCUGAGGACAGGAGCGCAAGGAAAAGAGGGAGGGGCCAUGCCGGGUCCGGUUCGGUAUCUCCUAGGGGAAGAGAUGGGGGCGGGGAAUAGAACCCACUGACACGUCAGCCAAGGUCAUGGGGAGGGCAAAGCUCUGGAGCAGGUGCCAGGCCUCCCACCACAAAUCCUUGCGAAAGCCAGCGGUUUGAUCCCAGCCCUCGCUCCUCUGCGGGGAGAGUCUGGGAGUUAUUAGGAGGGAUGAGGUUGGGACAAACCAGUAGGAAUUAGCUUUGGAAAGUUGACAGCACUCGGCUCCCCUGGGGGGCAGCAGGAAUCCACCCCACCCCCCGUCUCUCCCAGCUUCCCCAUCCCUGGGGGGCUGAGUGGGGAAACUGGGCAGCCGGAGCAUCCACUGAGAUUUUGCUCUCCCGAUUCGAGGAGCCGGGCCCCCAGGAGCUCUCCCGAGGCCUCAAGGACUAGACGCCAGCCAUUGGCACGCAGGCUCAACAUGGCCACCGUGUUCUUACUGCCCUGGGCAUGCUUGCUGAGCCUGGCCCUGGUGGCUCGAAGCGCGGCAGACGGGGGCCCAGUUCUCUGGGACCGCCCCUUUGUCACAGUGUGGAACGCCCCGAGCCAGGAGUGCAGCACGAAAUAUCAUGUGCCCCUUGACCUGGGGGUCUUUGACAUGGUGCUGAACCGCAACGAGUCCUUCCUGGGCCAGGAGAUCGCCCUCUUUUACAGCAACACACUGGGCCUCUAUCCACACUACACCCCGGAGGGGAUGGUGGCCCACGGGGGUGUCCCCCAGAAUGGCAGCCUCCAGGCCCACCUCGGCAAGGCGCGGCACGACAUCCAGGCCACCAUCUCGGAGCCAGGCUUCCGGGGCCUGGCGGUGAUCGACUGGGAGAGCUGGCGCCCCGUGUGGGCUCGGAACUGGGAUGCCAUGGAGCUCUAUAAGGAGAAGUCCCAAGAGCUGGUCCAGGAGCGGCACCCCGACUGGCCCCCAGACAGGGUGGCCGAGGAAGCUCAGAAGGAAUUUGAGCAAAGUGCUCGGGCCUUCAUGGAGCAGACCCUGGUGCUUGGCAAGAGCCUGAGACCUGAGGGCUUCUGGGGUUUCUAUGGCUUCCCCAGCUGCUAUAACUAUGAUUUCAAAGCGGCCAACUACACAGGGGAAUGUCCCGCCGUGGAGCAGCGGCGGAACGAGCAGCUCUGGUGGCUCUGGAACCAAAGCCGGGCGCUCUACCCCAGCAUCUACCUGCCCAAGGAGCUCCGGGUGACAGACCAGGUUGGCAAGUUCGUUCGGCACCGUGUGGCCGAGGCGUUCCGGGUGCAGGGGCAGACGGGGACUGGCAGCCUCUCAGUCCUACCUUACGCCCGUAUCCAGUACGACUUCACAGAGGACUUCCUCUCGCAGGAGGACUUGGUCCACACCAUUGGGGAAAGUGCUUCUCAAGGUGCCUCAGGGGUUGUGCUGUGGGGCAACGAGGAUUACACUCACUCACGGGAGUCCUGCCUGGCACUGAAGAAGUACGUGGACAGGAGCCUGGGCCACUACAUCGUGAACGUGACCAGCAGCGCCACACUGUGCAGUCGCACGGUGUGCUCCAGCCACGGACGCUGUGUGCGGCGGGCUGGCCAUCCCGGCGCGUUCCUGCACCUCAGCCCCUCCAGCUUCACUGUUCGGAGGCACCGCAGCUGGCCCCACCACCACCUGCAGGGACAACUAGCAAAGCAGGAGCAAGCCAAGCUGGUGGAAGAAUUCAGCUGCCAGUGCUACACUGGCUGGGCAGGGACCCGGUGUGAACAUGAGGGCAACCCAGAGUGACAUCCCUAUAUGCACCCCACAUGGCCCCUACACCCCACCCCUGACAUACCCACACCCCACA